UCAAAGAAAAAACUCGUUAUAGGUGGCGGUUCAUAUUUCAUGAUAUCCCGAAAUCUCGGUGCGGAAUUCGGAAGUGCGGUGGGAAUACUCUUUUACUUGGCCAACGCCGUGGCUUGUUCGAUGUAUUUAAUUGGCACUACUGAAGUUUUGCUGACGUAUGUGGCUCCAAGUCUUCCACAAGUGGGAAACGCUGAACAAAGAACUGCCGCAGACAUGAUAAACAACUUUCGCAUAUAUGGGACACUGAUAUUGUUAUUGGUAUUUGCAUUCUGCGCCAUGGGCGUGCGAUUCGUACAGUUUUUCGCGCCAAUCAGCCUCAGCUGCGUAAUCAUGUCCAUUCUGGCGAUUUGGGCCGGAGCGUUUGCUGCAGACUACGAACGGAGCCCAAGGAUUUGUAUGCUUGGCGAUCGCUUGAUAAAGGUAGAGCGAGCGAACAGGGCGAACCUCACCGAGUUAUGCACUAAGAACGAUACCGGCUUGCUGUGGCCCUUUUAUUGCAAAGUGGCCAACGGAACGACCACUUGCGACCCCUACUUUGUGAACAACAAGGUGCGUCUGGUUCCGGCGAUUCCCGGCUUCCGCGGAGAUAUUAUUACGAUAAUGUUGAUGGUUUUCUCAGAUAACGCAUUUCCUGCAUACAUGUCGAAAGACGAGGUGGUUCCCGAUCACAAAGGCAAUCCAAGGAUCGAAGUUGUUCAGGACAUUGCCACGUCAUUUUUUAUUUUGCUCGCUAUCUACUUUCCUUCGGUGACAGGCAUUAUGACCGGAUCAAAUAUGUCAGGUGAUCUAAAAGACCCACAACGCUCGAUUCCGUUGGGAACACUUGCCGCGCAGAUUUCCACUUCAUUUGUCUACCUGUCGUUUGUGAUCGUUUUCGGAGGGACAAUCGAGAGACCACUUCUAUGGGACAAGUGCCACUCUCUGACAGACGAUGUUUUCGAUUUCUACGGUUCAAAAUUUUUAGAUAUGGUGAAAGCUUGGGCAAUAGCAUGA